AUGGAGCGAAAAAGAGAGUUAGAAGCAAAGAGAAGGAAGCAAUACAAAGAGGAAAUGGAAAAAAUGGAAAAACUAAAGAACAAUGGAAGAGAGUGGGAGCAAUGGGGCGUCGGAGAAUUCAAUUGGAAAGAAAAUGAAGUAAAAAAGGAGAUAGCGCCAAUAGAGAGAGGCACGAAGAAAGAAGAAAGCGGGGGAAAGAAUCAGAAAACAAGUAAAAUAAAAAAACGAGAGUCUGAACAUGCUAGAAAAGAGCAAGAACGAUUGAUGAAGAAGCAAAAGAAAAUCUAUAAAGAAGAAGGAAGUCAGGAGAAGAAAGGGGCAAGCAAAAAGGAACGGCGAGAUAUACAAGGCAAAGUGGACUCAAAGAAAAGGGAAAACAGCGAGAUAAACAAACAAGAAGAAGAAAGCGCGAUAGGAGUAAAGACGGAAGAUGGAGGUGGGCUGAGUAAGAUGUCGGUAGGAAGGAGUCCACAAAUGCAGAUCCAGCCUCAGAGCCUGUUGACUCUGCAGGGAAAUAACUGGAUAGAUGACGAAGUGAUCAACUCCUACAUGACGCUGAUCGUUGAGCGGUCACGAAAAAAUCCAGGGAAGAACGGCGAAGUGCAUUCCAUGAGCUCCUUCUUUUACUCUCGUCUCCAGGAGGGAGGAUAUUCGGCGGUUCGCCGGUGGACUCGGAAGAUCGAUCUCUUCUCUUUUAAUAAGAUCCUCGUGCCCCUGCAUUUCGGCGACCAUUGGUGCCUAAUAUCGAUCGAGAUGUCGAAAAAAAGAAUCAAAUUCUUCGACAGCCUCCACGGAAGGGACAGGGGUAGUAUGACGGUCGUGUUAAAUUAUUUGACCCAGGAAGCCGAAGAAAGAAGACAUCCUGGAUUCAAACCAGAAGAAUGGCUGAUGAUGACGAGAAAGGAGAUUCCCCGUCAAAGGAAUAACUUCGAUUGUGGGGUUUUCACUUGCCUAUUCGCGGCAUAUGACGCCACUGAUCGCGCAAUAGACUUCACACAAGAAGAUAUGAAAGACAAAAGAAAAAAAAUCGCUAGAGAACUUAUAGCGAACGAAUUAGAGAGCCCUUAA